GUGUUUGAUCUGCCGCAGCUUUAUACAAAGCCAUCGGCGGUAGAUCUACUGGAUGCACUGGAACUCCUAUGUGUCGAGCUGCCAUCAUGGGACGAAGAAUCGGAAAAUCCUCCUGGGAAGAAGAGCCAGAGACCAAGAGUCCGGUCCGAAGGGGUGACCCAGUAUCUGACUUCCAUCAUUUCCAGCCCCUUAGCGUGGAUCAGGGAUGAGUCCGAACAAGAACGCGUCUGGGAGCGAGCAAGUCUUCGACUAUCUGAACGCUCUGGAAGGACUGCGAUGGUCGCAAUGACGAGAACCUUCCGCAUCCAGCCGCUCAAUCAUGAGAUUCCUCAGCAGAAUCUGGACAUGAUCAUCCACGAACCUACCCUCACUGCCGAUAAUCUCGGCUGGAAAACGUGGGCGUCCGCGUUCGUCCUGGCGCGCAGAAUAUUCUACUGGCAUUUCCAGAAGUCGGAAUCACCAUUCACCCUUUCUAGCGGACCGAUCCUUGAACUGGGUGCCGGGACGGGCCUCGUCGGGUUUGCGGCCAGCGCCAUCCUCGGGCGUGAGGUCCUCCUCACUGACCUACCUAACAUCGUGCCCAACCUCCAGCGCAAUUCCGGACUGAACAAAGACCUAAUCGAAAGCCGAGGCGGCGAGGCAACCGUGGCCGUCCUCGACUGGACGGAUCCGACCAAAGUUUUCGACUACCACGAAGGGCGGGUUCCGGUCCAAAAGUCCGUCGACCUGUUCGACACAAUCGUCGCCACGGACUCGGUGUAUUCGACGGAGCACGGCAUGCUGCUUGCCAAUACGGUCACCGCGUGGCUGUCGCGAAAGCCCGAAGCUCGGGUCGUAGUCGAGUUGCCGAUGCGGGUGGCAUAUCAGAAGGAGAUUACGAAUUUUCGGGAUUGCUUUGAGCGGGUCGGUCUGAAGGUUGUCGACGAAGGGAAAGAUGUUGGUCGGGAUGAUUGGGGGGAUGACUUUGAAGUUGAGGAGGUGCGUUGUUGGUGGUCGGUUUGGACUUGGGCGUGA